CCGCUCGUUUACAUAUGCAAUAUAGUGACGAAAUAUGAGAAUAAAAAAUAAACGACAGUGUGGUCUCGUAUGUAGUACAAUUUUCCGGGCAUUAGUAAAUGGUAAAAUUAAAAGAUUAAUUUUAUUAUCAAUGAAUCUGCUCUCAUAAGAGUGUAGAUAUAAAAGACGAUGAAGACGUAUAUGAGCAUUUUAAAGAUUCUCAUAACGAUUUUUGUCUUCCUUGAUACACUUAAGGUAUCACGAUGUUGCAGAGAAACCGUUCAUUUUAUGGAGCCAGGUGACUGGAUAGAAAACGAUAAGUCAGGCUUAUGUAUUUAUUGCCAUAAUGCGAAGACAAAAUAUAUUAUACAUACUUGGAAAACUAUUGUGAUGAAUUUAAAAACAAAUUUAGAAACUUAUGAGCUUUACGAAGGUACAUCACCUCGUGAGGUUGUUGAGAAACAUGAAGAGAAUCAAAAAUAUUGGAGAUUUAGUCUGUUUGGUAAUAAGAAAAGUAAAGAAUUUAGAAUCAAUCCAUUUCAAGAUAGUUGUAUUGGUGUUUAUAUGAAUAAGCAACACAAUCAAUUUAAUUAUAGAAUGACUAUGACUCAGAAUAAUAUAGAUAUUUGGAAAUUAACAAUCAUGGUGUUAGGUAUGUUUUUAUUUUGGUUUGCUCAAAAACUGAGCCGAAAUACAUUGUUUUAUUAUACAAUUGAAAUUGCUAUUGGGGUUUCAUUGUCAGUAAUUAUUUUAAUCUAUUUACUUGGAAAAGUAUUGCCUAAGGGCAAAUUCAUGUAUUUAAUGAUGGCAACUGGCUACACAAUGAGUUUCUAUCUUGCUCAAAUACUGUGGGAAAAUAUUCAAUUAAUAGCAAUGCAAUAUCGAAAUUAUGUCAUUUAUUAUAUUCUUGUAACAACCUUUAUUAGUUUCAUAAUCUGUUAUCGAUUCGGAACGGUCACUAAUACAAGAACGAAAAAUAUUAUACAAUGGAUGCUUCAAAGUUUUGGUUUAGUAUUGGUAUAUCACAGCAGUUUCUUUAGAGAAGCAUCGAUAUCUAUAUGCGUUCUACUAGUCUUAUUUUAUAAUUUUCCAGUUGUCAUUAUUCAAAAUGGACGAAAAUAUUGGAAACAUAUGUUUCCGGAUCAACGUCGUCUUCUUACUGAUGAUGAGUACCGUAAGGAAGGUGUAGUCGAAACAAAAAAAGCAUUGAAGGGAUUACAACAUUACUGCCAUACUCCUGAAUCCAAUCCAUGGAGAACAGUUUUAAAACUAAAAGACCCAAUCAGGUUUGCUAAAUUUAUGGAAGGCGAAUGUCAUUUAUCAGAAAAUGAGUCAAUGGAACAUGAUGCAGAAUUGACUAAACUUAUCGAAGAAUGUGAAUAUACAGAUGAUGAAUUUGAUGAUUAAGAUUUGAUGUUAAUUUAUUACAAUCUUUUAAGAUUUUAAGAUUAUAUUUUUUUAUUCAAGGUUUUACU